AUGCACCCAGUUAGCACUCUCGAUCCGACGGCAUCGCGCAACUCGCGAGCGAGCAAGAGCUUCGCAUCACUCACGUCUCAUGAGCGGCAGCUUACGCGCCGCGUUCGAAAAAGCGGCCAGGCCCGCACCCAAGCAGCCGUAAAUCAGCGCCGACGGCAUCGCGGAUUCGUUGUUGCGGUGGAUGGUGGUUCGCACACCGAGGUUUGGAGCCGGUUGAGUAGGCGACCGCUGGAUCGCAUCUGUAUCACAUUCACUUUUCUCAGAGCAGCACCGUUUCAUCGCCUUGCCCCGCCAGACGAGACAGCCCUUCAGCCCCAUUAUCCCCUGCUGAGUCCCCACGUGCCUUUUGAAACAACCCGCCGUCUAGCACUCCCACACAUGGAGGACGACCGGAAGGGAAAGCCGGUAGCAGUCAUCGGCGGCAUGUACGCAAAAGCCAAGCAGCGCGUCUUGAACAGGAUGGGGAAGCGCACCACCCUGACGCGCAACCCCCGCGUCGACUUCAUCUCCAAGCGCGUGGAGGAAAUCAAAGGCAAGAAGGCGCGCGUCAGCGCCUUGGCAACCUCGGCGAAGAGCCAGCUCAAGCACACGCAAAAGACCAUGGUCGAGCUGGACCAGGCCAUGCUCGACGCCUUCAAGGACGAACUUGGCGAGCGCAAGUGGGACGACGCCAAAGGCACGUACACCCGCGAUUUGCACAUGGAGGAAAGAAGGCUCGUCGCAGACAUGGAGCGCGUCCUAAACAGGUGCAGGGAGACCAUGGACAAGGUCAUCGGCGCUUACGUCGAGCAUCUCGACGACAUUGCUCAUAAACCCCUCACGUACAACACCCCCGAUGAGGACGCCAGGCUCGCCACCGUUAUGUCUACAAAGGAAGAGUAUAAGACCGUUCGCACCUUGUACUCGGACGCCAUGAUUGAUCUGGAUGCCGACUUGGCCACUGGCUCUAGCCCCAAGCCGAGCAAGCAGGAGCUUGUUGACAGAACGAAGCGUGACUACGAGGAGAUGUCCGAACGUUUAUGCGAUGACGCCUUGAAGUACGAGCACAUCUACCGCGAGGAGCUUGCCCAGCGCGUCUCCGCCCACUUUAUGGCCGAGCAACAUCUGCUGCGCGGCGUCAACACCGCCAUGAAGGACUUCAUGCCAUACACGCGCGGUCUUACCUUGGAUUGGGAGGAGAUGCGCAACACGCGGCGGGCGAACCUGGCAGCGGCGAAGAAGGGGACCUUCGACGACGACGACGACGCCUUGGCGCAACACAUGAACGCUUCACUGCCGGGGCCGAGUGACUCGGCCCGGAAUCGGGAUGGUGUACGCGCGGAUCCGUCGGCGUCGAAUCCGUUUGGGAACAUCGCUAGUGACGUAUCGCAUUCCGCAAGCUCGGCGGCUUCGGCUAUUGCCAAUGCGGGGAAGCAGACGAGUAAGAGCAUCUCGAAUAUUGUGCAACAGUAUGCAGCGAAGCCAGCCGCGAAGAAGGCUACCGGGCUGGAUAAGGUGAAAUUGUGACGUAAAGGCUUUCUCUAUUUUCGCUUUCUAUAGAUGACGCAAGUCUGUCACCAACGUAAGCAAGCAGAGGCAUGAAUACUUUGCGGCUGAAUCUGUUUCGAAACGUUCUACUCGGCAAGCUGCGUGAAGCGUCUUUGCAAUUGUCAAGCUGCUUAUGCGUUUGCUUUACCUGAGUAGCAAGACUUGUGGAUAUCUGUGACAUGCGAAUGAGUUGUCUCAUCCUUGUGAUUCGAGCUUGCUGCGGCUCCAACAAAUAGAAGAAUAUCUCGCUGAAGCACACGCCGCUCGAUGGCUAGCUAGAGCUCUUCGACUGCAACCUGAGAAGAGUGUUAGGCGGAUGACAAGACAUGAUGCCAUACCCAUUUAUUACCGACCAACGAGAUAAAUCUGUCGAAGGAUAUUGCUAGACAUGAUGCCAUACCCAUUUAUUACCGACAAACGAGAUAAAUCUGUCGAAGGAUAUUGCUCAUGUUUCUCGCCCGGCGAAAGGGAAGCAGUUGGAAAGCAAUUUCCCUUGUGUUGAACAGGAUAUGAAGAUGCUUCCUAUAGAAUCGCAAACCUCACCUGGACCUUUCGCCGUCGCGGUCUCCGGUAUCAGCAUUAAUAAUACUUACUUUUAGUAUUCUAUUAGGGCUGUUAGCUUCUAAUCUCCUAGAUAAGAACAGAAUUGAUGGAUUGAAGCAACAGGAACCAUGUGCUACGUGAGUAACAUCGAAGUCUCAUCAAAAAGAUAAAUCGUUUUGAUGACUACUGGA